AUGCUAUUUUCCAAGAAAAAAACCUCUCUAGCAAUACACACCAAACUGAGCAUGUGCAGAGUGUCUCCACACCAUAUAUCUUAUCAGGAGAUAAGAGGGGGACACUGGAAGAAGGGGAGGAUCAGAGAAAAAGGAUCAAACAGGCUUUUUACACAAUGCAGAGGAUUAACCCCUUAGGUUCCACAGUGAGUAUAACAAGCAUGCUUUACUGCAUAUACAGACUGAUUUUACUGUUGUGGGUUUAGUAACACUUUA